CCGACUGUCAGGUUUUUAACGGCUGUGACGUCACGGCUCUUGUGCGCUUCUGGACUGAAGAAGAUGGCGGCCUCCUCAGGAGUAAAAGUUCCACGCAAUUUCCGCUUGUUGGAGGAGCUCGAAGAAGGGCAGAAGGGCGAAGGCGACGGCACGGUCAGCUGGGGCCUCGAGAAUGACGACGACAUGACUCUCACGUGGUGGACCGGCAUGAUCAUCGGACCGUCGAGAACCAAUUAUGAGAACAGAAUAUACAGUCUGAGACUGGUGUGUGGAUCUAGAUACCCGGACGUGUGCCCGACUGUUAAAUUUGUAACGAAAAUAAGCAUGAAUGGGAUAGAUAACUCCAACGGGGGGGUGGAUUCAAGUAUUGUACCAGUUUUAGCAAAAUGGCAGACUUCUUAUAGCAUUAAAAUUAUUCUUCAAGAGUUAAGGCGUCUAAUGAUGUCCAAAGAAAAUAUAAAGCUUCCUCAACCACCAGAAGGACAAAGCUACAGCUCCUAAGCCCAAUGGAUUGUUUGACCCUCUGUCUUAAACCUUACUCUUACAUAUAGCGUGUAAAAUCAUCAAGAGGCUCACUUCACACAUCACUAAGAUUGGACUUUCUUAUCGCGUAGCUCAUUGAGAAGGAAAAUGUCCCCGCAGUUAAGCAUCGAAUAGUUAAAAGACUUCAAGACCGCCAGUUAUCCGCCUUUAAAAAACAAAAGAAACUUACUUUGACAAUGACUUUAAUGUUUGCCGUUUUCCGUUGCUCGAGUGGGCUUGAAGAGGGAAGCAUGCCGCUACGCAGAGGAUGACCAGAGUCCCACUGGUGUUUACGCUCAGAUGACCGAUCGCUGGAGGAAAGAUGUGUGUACGAAGGCAUGUUCUGUAACCAAUAGUCCAAGAGAAGCCACACUUCAGUUUGUUCGUCAACGUCAUUAAAAAUACCCGAUUGCUUAAUAUUUAACUGUGGCUGUAGUCUCAGAAUAAUGUCACACGGUAAGAAAUAUAUAUGUAUACAUAUAUAUAUAUUUCUGUAUCAUGUUUCUGUUCUGCAGCUCUGACACGUUGAAGCCUGUUCUGCUCUGAAACCCUUGCAUUUAACUUCCAGUGAAAAUGGCGACUUGUAAUUUUCUGAAAUUAAAAUCACUGCAAAAAAAAAAAAAAUCGA